CUCCGUCGAAAAACGACCGUACCGCUACCACGUCCAGCCUGCCGUGUCGUUGCCAGUCCAUAUUAUCUUAGUUCAUGAUUAUAACACAAAAUAUAGGUAUACAAACCCUUAACAAUUUUAUCGACAGACAGCGCCUGUUGGCCCGCACACAACAUAGUGGUCCGGAAAACGUAUUGUUUCCGUGUAUGAUCGCACUCUGUACACGGUACAAAGCAGCCGCCAGUCGUUGUCGCGAUAUCCGCAAGUACGCCGCGUCCUAAGUCGGGAACCGAUAAUAUCGUUAGGACGUGCCGGCACCGAUCGGGAUUGACGUGCGGCGUACCAAGCAAUUCAGCCGUACCUAGGCGCGAGCACUAGCGUCUUUGAUCGCGCGCGUCUGUACGGGUCGCCGUUUUGUUCGUAUUGGCGCGGCAACCGUUCGAACCCCAGAGACGUCACCUACGCCGUCGGCUUUGCGCACCGGAACCAUGACCGGACUCGAGGUAUUUAUUUCGUUUUUAGUGCAGUUGUAGUACCUUAUGGUAAAACGACGUGACCUUCUGGGAGAAUCUGGUAGCGCUCAUCUGUAUCCCGUCAUAGCGUCAUAAAUAGAAACAACUCGAGUUUGGGUACCUACCCGAAAAAUUUGACUGGUAAACCCAACAGCAGACCCUAGCAAAUUCUCAGUACUUACCUACCUAUUUCAUUUAUAUAAAAAAUAAAAUACACGCAUCUACUGUGCCAGUAACGAUGUACAUUAGGGAUUUAGGCAUGCGAGAUUGUAAGAAAUAUAUAUAUAUAAGUAUUUAAACUUGGACAUAAACGCGGUUCGGUUACCAAUUGAUUUUUCGAUAUCUAAAUCAUUACAACUCUCGGCUAUAGGAACAAUAUUUACUACAACAGUUAUUAUUCGAAUCUAUUGAUAUUAUUCAAAUAUAAUUAUCCACACAGGUAGGUGAUGUUUUAUAUAGGUAUUUACCUAUUUAAAACAACUUAACGACAAUGAGUUCAAAAAAACUGGUCUACAUUAAAACUGAUCUAAUCGUUGUAUUUAUUUAUCUAGAUACUCAAUUAUUAGAUUUGAUAUGUAAAGUUUGAAAAGUAGAACAUUUUGUGUGACUUUAGUAUAGUAGAACUUCUGUCACUUCUGUGUAACAGUCAUUUUUUUGGUCCCAUCAAGUGUUAUGCCUCUAUAGGAAACCUCCAAAAGACGGUUACCUCUAAAUAGCGGUCAAUAUUUCCGGCCCAUUCAGUGAUUGUUAUAUGGAGGUUUUAUUGUCAAAUUUUUUUUGGACCACCUACCUUUGUACAAAUAUUAAACAUUGAACAACUUAUCUAUUUGAAACAAUAAUAAUUUCUUAUCUAAUUUCUUAUUAGGUAGGUUAUCAGGUAGUUAACUACUAUUUAUUUUUACUAUAUAAUAUAAUUGUUCUAUAAUUUAACAUUACCUAAGUAUCUACCUAUAUUCUAUAAUUUUAUAUUAUUUAUCUAUUCAAUUUAUCAAGUUAGGUUUGACAUUGGACAUUGUGAUUACAUACAAAUCUUUGUUCAUUAAACAAUGAUCAUUUUGAUGUUAUUUAUAGUGUGAACUUGUCUAAAAAUGUUAUGCAGACCAAAUUUGUACACAUUCCGGUACAUAAUAGAUUUUUAACCCUUUGCUAAUAUCUAUUCUGUAGACCUAUGUUGUAUAAUUUUAGUAUUGUAUGAUAAUAAUACAUUUUGUACAUAAUACUUUCUUUAAACCAACUUUGUGCCAAAUGGUUAUAUAUUUUCCAGUUUUUACAAAUGUUGUUGUAACUUUUAGGGUGAUACUACCUUUUUUUUUCUGAAAAAAACAAAUUGCUUGUCAGACACUUUUGUCAUAUUAUAUAGAACUCAGUUAUAUUGAUUAAUUUUUGAUGAAAACUGUACUGUCAAUAUAUUUUACUUUAAUGAAUUAUUUAAUUUAAACGCAUUUUUACAAUAAUUAUUGGGUACAACUAAAAUGUAUAUUUUAUUUAGUUGAUCAUGAUCUGAAAGGCAGAUAGGUCUAUCGGGAAAUCGAGAUUUUUCCGGUGGGCCCUCCAAUGUAGACCUUGGGUUGCUCUUGUUAGUAAUGCACAUGAUUAUUGAAACUAUCAAACUAUUAGUUUAUCCAGAUUUUAUUUAUUUAAACAAGUGACAAUCAACUUGGUUACGAUGUUUGGUUUGGCAUACAGUUUUACAAUGUCAUUUUCAAAAAUUAUUUUUUUAAAAAACAAGCAUUGGAGAUAAUGUUGAUAGAAUUAUUUUAAUGACACAUUGCGUUUAAGCUAUUCUCUACGAGUUCUCAAUUUUAUAAAAAAUUGCUAAGAAAAAGAAUUAUAAUUUCUAGUGUCAAAUCUCUAGGUUAAUUACAUUUGAUAUUGUAAUUAUUUUAAUUACAUUAUGUAUUAGGUACAUAUAUAUAAAAUACAUGAGUCAUUAGUAAUGACUAUAAAUGUAAUGAAUCAUUAUACAUAUGAACAGUAAUAUAAAGCAUAUUUUUGUACAUUUUUUGUGGAACCAUUAUACAUUUAUCGACAUCUUAUCUUAUCUUAAUAAUGAUAAUGUAUUGUGAUAAGUAUGUAUGUUGGAAAAAAUUUGUAAUAACAAUUAAAUAAUAAAAAAAAAAAGACAAAGUCUAAUUUUAUUUAUAUUAGCUAUGUAUUUUUUAUUGAGUUAUUACACUAACAUGUAUCGAAUCUUAAUAAAUAUCAAGCUUCAAAAUCGUAAAACUUCAUUUUAUCACAAGAGCCUUGGCAAAUAAAACUUUGUUAUAUUGAGGGGACCAAAACCGAUUUACUUUUUCAUUGCAUUACAAUUAUCAUUCAAUACAUCAAAUAUUGACUGUAUAUCUAUCUAUUCCUAAUUAUACCUAAGUAUCUUCUCAGAUAUAUCUUAAAUAAAUAAAAAAAAUAACGUACAUAUAACUUAAGGUACCUAAUUAAUAACAUUGUGUAUUUUUCUUAAUUAGUAGUAAAUAGUUUGCUAUUUUUAUUAAUAUUCAGGGAUAUUUUUUUCUGGGUCUUCCUCUGGGCUAUUUUGUGCUUGGUUUCCAUUUUGUUAUGUGUCCUAUUAUUCCAUCCGAUCUCCAAAUAUGACCGACUCAUCUUAUUUUACUACUCUUCAUGAUUCCUAUAAUAUUGGCUCCUCUUAAUAAUCUUCAUAAGUCUCAUUUGUCCUAACUUCAAAUUCACCUUCUUCAUUCUUUUUGGUCCAAAUAUUUUCCUUUCAGAAACACACAAUUUAUUCUCAUCUGUUUUAUGUUUUUAUUUGUUUUUGUAGCACCUUUUUAGAAAGAAAAUUUUAUCUGAGGGGUACUUUAGGGAAGUUAGUUUUUGAUGUUUAAAAGUAUUUUAAUUAUAAAUGAGAAAAAACAAGAAAAUGUACUAAAUUUAUUAUUUUCAAUUUUGUUUUUUAGUAUAAUCCAGUUAAUAAAAAUAUCUUUAAAGACUUUUAAAAGUUUGAUAAAAUUGUUUGACCAAACAGAAAUGCUUAAAAAUUAAACAUGGGGUGGGUUCAUUAUAAGUCACAUUUUGUGUCACAAAAAAGAAAAUUUGUAAUGUUUUAUUUUUUUAUAAGAAUUUUAAUAUCAACUUUUGAAGAAAAUUACAGACUUUCAAAACAUGUAUAACUGAACUUCGCUCAGAAUAGAUAUUUUUAAAUCAAUAUUUAACCAUUGUGUAAAGAUAUACAUUAAAUUCCCCUCUAUAUCCUACCUUUACAAAUUCUCACCUAUAAUAGUGGUUCACCCAUCAUGCAUAGUAUGUUCAUCCUUUUUUAUUUGAUUACAUAAAUUAACUUAAAUUGAUUUUAAAGUAAACACAACAUUUACUAUUAUUACUUAUCUAAUUCAUUGUGUACAUUUCUUGUGUUCUAGUUACAAGAAAUACAAAAUGUGUAUAAAGAAGUAAAAUGAUGCCCUCCAUUUAGAAAAAUGUUGACAAACACAAAACUUAUGUUGUUGAUUUUUUGAAAAUGCCGAUAUCAUUUAAAUGGAUUGGAAAUUUAUUACUGUGGUCUGUGGGUAAGUUAUUGAUAAUUAAUAGUAAGGUACUUUACAUACUUAACAAGUAAAGUACAUAUUAGGUACUUUGUUUUUAUAAUCAUUUUGUAUAAUUUGUCUGUAAAGUAAUAUCAUUGACUGUGUUUAGUUUAUUUCAUAAUAUAGUAAAUAAAUAUAUAAAUAAAAAUAAAAAAUAAAUAAAUAAAUGGAGUAUUAUAAUAAGUGUAUUAUACACCCAGUUUCAAAAUGCAUUUAAUAUUUUCAUUCGUGUGUGUUUUACAUUUUGACUGAUAUACCUAAUCAAUUUUUAAUUCGAAACCAGUAUAAUACACUUAUCAUAAUACUCUAGAUGACACAUUCAUUUAUUUAUCUAUUUUUAUAUAUUCAUUUUUUCAUUUAAUAUUAUUUUAAACUAUUUAGUUAUGAGUAUUAACCAUUCUAAUAAUUUUGUUUUUACUUUAUUAUUUUAUUAUUUCAUAAUGAUUCAAAUAUAUAUUUUAUUUAAGACAACUUUUUAUCACAUAAUAAUAUUCAAAUAAUGUCUAUUGCUUAGUUAUCUACUUAUUAAACUAAUUUGUACUAUAAUUAUUUCUUAGGAAAUCUGGUGAUGCGGAAUUCCAAACUAUGUUUUAUGUUCAUGUUAUUUCUAAUAACCAUAACAUUGAAAUGUAGUUCAGCAAUGUCAGUUGUAGCUAAAUAUCCACAUAACAUACAUUCAGAAUGUUUUUCAAAUCAUUUGCUCCAUAUGGCUGUAGACAAAAAUUCUGGUGGCCGGGUAUACAUUGGAGCAGUAAACAAAAUUAUUCAAUUAGAAGGUUUAAAUUUAACAGUUGAAACGUGCACGAAAACUGGGCCAUUGGCUGAUAGCCCUCAAUGCCCAUCAAGUGGCUGUUCUUCUAUUCCAUCUGUUCAAACAUCUCUCACUGACAAUUACAAUAAAAUUUUGAUCAUUGAUUUAGAAUCUCGUAUGUUAAUAGCAUGUGGUUCUAUAUUACAAGGUGCUUGCAAUAAGUAUAAAUUAUCAAAUGUGUCAUAUCCAGCACAGUUUUUUCCUGUUAGUAUCGCUGCCAAUACAAAACAAGAUUCAACAUUUGCAUUUAUUGGACCAAAUAAUUCUAACGACCAUUGGGGAUUUUCAAAUAUAUUAUAUGUUGGAACAACUUUUACGAAAAAUGGAGAUUUUAGACAUGCUGUACCAGCUAUAUCUAGUCGCAACCUUUAUAAUUUAGAUUUAGUAGAAAAUUCAUUUAAGCAAUCGUUUAUCAAUAUUAAUAAUAACUAUCGAGAUCAUUUUCUUGUUAAGUAUAUAUAUGGUUUUAAUUCAAGUGAUUAUGCAUAUUUUGUUGUGGUUCAAAAACUUUCAUAUUUGCCAGGCCAAGAAGAAUCUGGCUAUGUAACUAGAUUAGCUCGAGUUUGUAUAGCAGAUGCUAAUUAUGAUAGUUAUACUGAAGUUACGUUACAAUGUUUGGUUAAUGAUACAUUAGAUAGUGACAAAUUGAUAAAUUAUAAUCUGGCCCAAGACUUGAAGCUUAGUAAUCCAGGUGAAGAUUUGGCUAUAAGCCUUGGAAUUAGUACCAACGAUCAAGUUUUAGUAGGUUCAUUUUCGCCAAGUCAAGGCAUAACCAACGAACCAAAGUUUCAAUCUGCUGUAUGUGUAUUUAGUAUGCAAUAUAUUGAAUCAAAAUUCAAUGAAAAUAUUCAUAUGUGUUUUAAUGGUACAAUUAAAUACCGCAACAUGGCUUACAUUUCUGGUCCAAUAUUACAAGGGAAUUGUCCUGCUGCAGGAGUAAGUUCAUUCAUAAAUUAAGAAUUAAUAUUAAUGAUAUCUAUAAUUGUAUGUACCUAUUUAUUAUUAUAUUUUUAGUCUACUGGAAAUAUACUUAAUUUUUGUGAAGUUGGAUUAAGAAUAUCUGGAACUCAACCAAUUAGUAAGCAAGCUGCUAUACAAUUUCCAAAUCAUCAUAUUACAUCAGUUACACUAGCAACGACAGAAAAAAAUACCAUACUUUUCUUAGGAACUUCGACAGGAAUACUUAAAAAGGUAUACAUUAAAUAUGGGAACAGGGGCUGAAUAAAUAAAUAUUUGAUUUGUAUAGGUUUAUUAUACUUUGAUAUUUUUGUUUAAAGGUGCUUUUAUCUUCUGCUACUUAUGGAAUAAAUUAUGAAGAAUUGAUAUUAGAUAAUGGAUACUCUAUAUUACCCGAUACUUCAUUAACUACUACCGGGGAACAUUUAUAUGUAUUAACCCAGUCUAAUGUAAGUUUAUAUACAAAUGUCUCAAAAUAGUAUUUUAUUUGUUUAUUUAUAUUUGUUUUUUAAUAGGUAUUAAAAGUGAGAGUAGAACAUUGCAACAGUUUUACUAAUUGUUCUGCAUGUUUAGAAGCAAAUGAUCCAUAUUGUGGUUGGUGUUCUCUUGAACGAAGGUAAAGUGAUCAAUUUUAAAACAUUUAUUGAAGCAAAUUAUUGUUAUUAUUAACUUUUAAAUUCCACUGUUCAGAAUUUUAAAUUUUGUUUAUUACAAUUUAUUAAUAACAUUGAAUGAACAUUGGUUCACUAUUCAUUUUUAUUAAUGUAAUUAUUUUUUCUUAAAAAGUAUAUAUAAAUAUAAAUUUUUAAGUAUAGGUUUUUUUUUAUUAUAGUCAUAAUUUAGUACAGUUAUUAAAUAAUUUUCCAAAUUAAUUUGUUUAAAAUAUUUAUAAUUACAAAUGAUAAAUUAUUUUUAUUCUGAAUCUUAGAUGUACUAUAAGAACUGCUUGUCAAAAAGCCAUUCAUAGUUCACCACGAUGGUUAUCACUUGGUACUGGUCAACAGUGUAUUGAUUUUGAACAAAUAAAUCCAGAUCGAAUUGCAAUACACCAAAUGGCAAAAGUAAUUAUAUAAUAAAACAAUAAAUUAUUAUAUUGUAUAUUACAUUUAUAUUGUUAUUAGUAGGCUAAAUAAUUAUUAAUUUAUUUUUAGUUACAUCUUAUGAUCAAAACAUUACCAGAAUUACCUGCAGGGGCAAAAUACCGAUGUGUUUUUGGAAGUGAUCCAUUGGAUGCUAUUGUAACUCCAUUCGGACUACAAUGCUUAACACCUAAGAUUGAGUCACGUCCGAAUAUUCCCAAAGACCAAGAUCAUAUAUAUGUUUCUCUGUCAGUCAGAUCUUCUGAAACUAAUAAAGAUUUUGUAAGCCGUAGUUUUGCUUAUUUUGAUUGCAAUGCCCAUACCCGCUGUUUAGAAUGUGUGAAAUCUCAAUGGGCUUGUAAUUGGUGUGUUUAUGAAAAUAAAUGUACAAAUAAUAUUUCUAUGUGUCAACCUAUAAUUAUCAGUGGUGAAAAUGUAAGUUCAUUCAUGUUAAAUUUUUUUUAUGUCAUUUGAUUAACAUUCAUAUACUCUAGAACCCUUCUCGCCUUAAGAGUCACGGUGCAUCAUUUUGCCCACGGUUUGUUCAGCCAGCUCAAAAAAUAUUACUGCCUAAUGGGGUGCCUAAAGAUAUAGUAUUACAAGUUGAAAAUUUACCCACCCCUCAAGUUGGACAUACAGGUUUUCAAUGCAUAAUUAGUAUUGAAGGGGCAAAGCUUAUGGUUCCAGCUAGAGUGGAAGAAAAACACAUCGUCUGUGAUAAGACAACUGUAAUUUUUUGCCUUUUAACUAAAAUAUUAAUUAAUUUAUUAAUUAAAAACUUUUUAAAAAUAAAUGUUUGUUAACUAUAAUUUAUUAUUAAUUAUAUUUGUAUUAUUUAAUUUAGUAUUCAUACGAAGCUAAUUCUGGAGAAUAUGAUGCAAUAGUUAGCAUGGUUUGGAAUAGAAACCAUCAAGUUGAUACAAUUAAUGUAACAUUAUAUAAAUGUGAUAUUCUUGGAUCUCAUAGAGAACAUCCUGAUUGUUCUUUAUGUGUUACACGAAAUCGUAUUUAUAACUGUACUUGGUGUAAUACAAAUAAAAUGAGUGCUUGUGUAUACUCAGAAACAUGUUUAGAAAGAUCUAGCUAUGAAUGUCCAAAACCUAGAAUAGAUAUGGUAAAAAAAAAUAUAAACUAAUAAUUUUCAUACAUUUGUGUACAUUCUUAAAUUUAUUUCUAGAUAAAACCUCUUAGUGGACCUAUUGAGGGCGGUACUCUUGUAACAAUAGAAGGAAGUAACUUGGGUCUUAAUGAAACAGAUGUCCGGGAUAAAAUCCACAUUGGGGAUAUCUUAUGUCAUUUAGUUGAUUAUGAAAUAUCUGUCAAAAUAGUUUGUAAAACUGGACCAUCCUUUACUGAAAAAGUAUCUUCUAUUGUGGUUGGCAAUAAUGCAGGGAAAACAGAAUCUUCAGUACAUUUUAGCUACAAGGUAUAAUAGUAUUUUUAAUAAAUUACAAUAUUUAUUUAUUUUAAAUUGUAAAUAUUUUAAAAAAUCAAAAUAUUAUUUAUAGAAUGUUAAGCUGGAUAAAGUAACUCCUGUGGUUGGACCUCAGAGUGGAGGUACAAUUUUAGCAAUUAACGGACAUAAUUUGAACAUUGGAAGUUCAGUGAUUGCAUUUCUUGAUAAUUUCCCAUGUAAAGUAAAUACAACCCAUGCUUCUAGUACAAGACUUACUUGUAUUACAUCAGCAGCGACAAAACCCCAAACCAUAAAUGCUAUGCAUUUGAUCAUUGAUGGUUCUAACAGAUCUUUAACAAAACCAUUUACAUAUAAAAAUGAUCCUACAAUUGCCGAAAUUAAACCUUUGAUUAGUUUUCUGUCAGGAGGAAGAAUGAUAACAGUUCAUGGAACAAAUUUUGAUAUUAUUCAAAAGCCAGAAAUGGUUGUUUAUAUGGAUUCAGAUUUCUUUCAUUUUAUUAACAAAACUGUAAGUUUCAAACUUUUUACUAACAAUCUCAAAUAAUAAUAAUUUUUUAAAAAAUUGUAAAAUUAUACUUUUAUAGGAAUGUAUUGUACUUAAUUCAGCUCAAAUGGAAUGUCCAUCUCCUUCUGCCAAUAGCCAAUUUUUAAGAAAUAUUAAAAGUUCUAUCAAGCGGAGAAGACAUGCAUUCAAUGGAAAAUAUGAGGAAUCUUCUUUAAUUUUAAAAAUUGGUUUUAUUAUGGACAAUGUUGCUACAGUAAAAGAUUUAGAAAAACACUUGAAUUUAUUACAAUAUCAGAUUAAAUAUGUACAAGAUCCUAAGUAUUUUGAAUUUCCAAAUACUAUUAAAUCUUAUAAAGGAGAUACACUAGUUAUUGAGGUUAGUAAGAAUAUUAUAAUUCUAUGUCAUUUAUAAUUUGUAUUUUGCAUACUUAUAAAUUUGUGCAGAAUAAGUAUUCAAUGCUAACAAUUUGUACACCUAAAAUUUUUAUCCCAUAAAAGAUUUAAAUCAGUUAAUUAAAAAUGUACUUAUCAAUAAAAUAAAUAAAAUGAGACCCCUAGGAUGGAUUGACGUAGUUGCCAAAGAUAUAGAAAUGAUAGACCAGAUGCAGAAACAGUUAGAAACAGCAUAUCAGAGAGAGAGGUGGAAAGAGAUUUUGAUGGCAGCGAUGUUCUUGAAUGGACCGCUAAGCUGAAGAAAAAAAAAUAAUUUUAAUUCUUUUGUGAAAAUUUAUAAGUAAUUUAUAAUUUAUUAAAAUUUACUUCACAUAAGUAGUGCAUAAAUUAUGAUUUUUACAAUCUAUUCACUAUAUCUAUUCUUAUAUAUUAUAUCUAUUUGCCUCAGUUUAAAACUUUAAACCAUCUCUGAUGAAAUUUCAUUGUAGAUCAGUGUAAUCAAAAAUAACCUUUUCAAUUUUCAUGUAUUUUUUUUUUAAAAAAUCUUCACACCUUCCCUGAAAUUGUGUCACUUCUCCCUAGGAGGGCUGGGCCCCUCAGUUUGAGAACCACUGAUAUAAACAAUGAUUUCAUUACUAAAACAUAAAAUUCAUACAGACUACAUGUAGUCUAAUUUUGUACAUGUGCAGAAAUAACUUUAUAAAAUAAAUAACCCAUUGAUAUUUAUGAUGCUUUUUUUUUAAUAAGUUUGUUAUUAUUAUUAGGGUGAAAAUUUGAAUUUGGCUUGUGAUGAAUCUGAUGUUUAUGUCACUGUUGGGCUUGAAAUUUGUAAUGUGACAUCUUUAGCGAAUUCCCAACUUGUUUGUAUUCCACCAGAAUAUCAACCAAAAUCAACUGAUGAUAUUGGAGCACCUACAAGAAAAGGAUUACCUUUAGUUGUGGUAAAACUAAAUUAAUUAAGUUACUGUUAAAAAUAUUAAAUACAUAAUUAUUUUGAAUUCCAGGUUAGGGUUGGUAAAAAAUUAAGAUUUAAUGUUGGAUACUUACAAUAUGACGUGUUACCAGCAUAUUCAUUUUCUCCUGAAGCAAUUGCUGGUGCUGUAACAGGGGCUAUUUGCAUAAUCAUAAUAUUUUUCAUUAUAUUAUUUUUAUAUCGAAGAAAAUCAACACAAGCUGAAAGAGAGUAUAAGCGAAUCCAAAUUCAGAUGGACACAUUAGAAAGUAAUGUUCGUUCAGAGUGUAAACAAGGUACUAUCACACUAUUAGAUUAUAUUUACAUUUUGUAUUUUAUCACACAUUUAUACAGUGGACUUGAUUGCUUACUAGUGAUAAGAAAUGAAGUUGCAAUCCACCAUUUAAUUACUAGGAACUAUAAAUAAAUUUUUUUUUAUUUAUUGGACAAAUUAACAAUCUAUGCCAUUAAUCUAUUCUAUUAUGUGUACAAUAGAAAAAUAUGAUGACAGAUAUAAAGAAUUUGUAUUCAUUACAGAAUGAUAUCAGGAGGGAGUGAUCUAGUGAUGGAACCCAAUUUAUUUAGUGGUUUUAUUUUAUUGUGAAUUUAUUUGAAUAAAUGUCUGCACUAUGACAUUUUAGUAGGCGCAUUAGAUUUUCAGGGAAACUUAUUUGAGAGAGCAGAAAUUAUAGGGUUUGGGUUUGUUGAUUUUGAAUGGAAUCUGGAGUUUUGUGUGGAUACUAGUCCUACUGUUUCGAUUUUUAAAUUAUUAUGGGGCAUAUGUACUAUGAACAAAAGUAUGAAAAAAAAUAUGAAGAGCUAUUGAUUGGACCUCCAUAUUAUAUGGAUUUGUGAGAAUUUGGUACAACCCCAAAUUUGAAUAGCACAAGCUUAUAUGGAUCUUAGGAGUGAUUUGUAUACAAUAUUUUUUGUUUGGACCCUUAAGAGUCUACUGUUUAGUUUUUUUUAUAUGGAUUUUCAAAUGAGGGCUCUAAAUUAGCUUCUUGUCCAGAAUAGUACCUAGAUAUUUUAUAUCUGAGGAAGUAGGAAGAAGAGAUCCUUGGAAAUACAGUGAAGGACUUUUUAAAAUUCAAUUUUAUAUGAGCUGAUUUCUCAGGGUUGAUUUUGAAUGCUUUGUAAUGCUUUGGAGGUUUGUACUGGAUUGUUACCAGGAGAAAGAAUUACAGUUCCAUUGGCAUAUGUAGUUAUAGUCAUUAAUCAUAUUUGCUGUACUUGGCAUGUCGGAAGUGUAAACAGCGAAUAGACCACAGGAGAGGUAACUAUCUUGUGGCAUCCAUGCUUAUAUACUAAAGUAAAAAGAUAAGGCAUUAAACUGUUAAACUGUUAAGAGUUUGUUGAUUUCUUGGGUAGAGUGCGCAGGUUAAAAUUGAUGUUGUUUAUGAAAAACCAGUGUGGGCACAAUGGGGCUUUAACGGAUAUUAUAUUUUCAGAAUCAUAUUUACUGUAUAUAUUAUUAAACAUCUGUUAAAAUAACCCCUAGGAUUUUGAUUAUUGGUUGGUUUUUUAUUAUGAAUACAAUUUUGAUGGAGAUGUUUUGAGGUUUCCUUUAUAUGCUGAACAUUAAGAGGUAAGUUUUUGGAUGGCGAGAAGCGAAAGCCAAAAGAUUCCAACCAGAACAUGAGUUUGUUUGAAGAGUUUUGUAGAAGUUGUUGAAUAUAGUCUGAUUUGGUACAGAGAAUGGCGAAGUCAGGGUAUAACAGAGAUAUGCAGGGAAAUAAUAUUUGUUUGGAGAUACAAUUGAUAGUAAUGAUAAAGAGAGUGACAGAGAUGGUGGAGGCUUAAAGGAUUCCAUUAUCUUGGUAGAAUAUGACAAAGAGGGAAUUAGAAGUUUUGAUCUAAAAAGUGCGAUAACUGAGGAAGUUGGUGAUGAAGCCAAGCAUAUUUCUUUUGGAUAAUUUUGUUGAGUAUUUUGGGUCUUCAAGCCAUGUUGUACACUUUGAGGAUAUUUUAGGUUUGAAUCUCUUUUUUUAUAGAGAAUAAGCUGUUUUGUAUUAGGGAAAGAAGAUUAAAGUUUUCAAGGAACCAUAUCAAAGAACUAAUGAUUUUAUACAGUAGUUUACAUAAGGUAUUUAAGAGAGAGAUAGGUUAAUAGCUUUCAGCUUACUUCUACACUUACUCUGUUGCAUGUUACGGUCUUUUUUCAUAGAUGUUGAAGUGAUGGAGUGUAGAGUCGCUUUUUGAGUUGAAAUUGUGUAUCAAGAUAUUUUUUUGAGUAGAGUAUCUGUAUCUGUAUCUGGAUAUUAAUUUAAAGUACCUUAUAACAGCACUGAUUAACUCAUUGCUGGAUACCCAUUCAAGGGAAAAAGAGUUUCUGUUUUUAUGAAUGAAAAUGAUUUAAUAUAAUUAAGGAAUAGGGAUAACUCAAAAUAAUAUUAUAUUACUAUUUUAAUUAUUUUAGAUAAGCAAAAAAAUUCUACAGACCACAUUGAACUCUAUUUUUUUUAAAAUUUUAUUUCUAUAAUGAUAGGAAAAAAAAUUAAAAGUUGAUUAUUUAUUUUUUUAGAGACUUAAUUGUUGUAUUUAAGAUAAAAAUAUUGGAGUUUAAUGUGAUUUAUAGGAAGUCUUUCUCUUUCCAACAAAAAAACAGCAUGUUUUUGUACAAAAUAUGUGGCACUCUUUAUAGCCUCACUUUUAAAUUAUUAAUAUAAUUAACUUAAUAUGAUGAAAAUAUUUUUUCUGCUUACAAGUUAGUAAAAUUAUAUUUUAUCUUAUUUCAGCUUUUGCAGAACUACAGACUGAUAUGACUGAUCUUACUGCUGACUUAGAAUCUUCUGGUAUUCCAACAUUAGAUCAUCAUGAAUAUAUUCUGAAAGUAUUUUUUCCUGGUGUUCGUGAUCACCCUAUUUUAAAUGAAUCUAAGGUAAAUAUAGGAUUGUUAUUUAUAAAGCUGUUUAUUCAUCUUAUGAUAAAAUAUUAAACAUUAUAUUAUAAUAUAUCCAAAUAGGUUGUUAUUGCUGGUUCUACCACAAAUUAUGAUGCAGCUAUGUUGCAAUUUGAACAACUUAUAAAUAAUAAACAUUUUGUGCUUUCUUUUAUUGAUACUCUAGAAUCACAAAAAACAUUUAGCAUACGUGACAAGUGAGUUAAAAAAAUUUAUUUAUAUUAAUUAUUAUGUAUUAAAAAUUAUAUUUAAAACGUAGGGUCAAUGUAGCUUCAUUAUUAAUGGUGGUUCUAAUGAACAAAAUGGAAUAUGCAACAGAUGUUUUGAGAAGUUUGUUACUUAGACUAAUUGAUAAAUCAGUCAUGUCCAAGCAUCCACAUUUAAUGCUUCGGAGAACAGAAUCAGUCGUUGAAAAAAUGUUAACCAAUUGGAUGGCACUGAAUAUGUAUAAAUAUCUUAAAGAUUAUGCAGGUUCUUCUUUGUUUUUGCUUUAUAAAGCCAUUAAACAUCAAGUAGAAAAAGGUCCUGUAGAUGCUUUGACAUACGAUGCAAGAUACAGUUUAUCAGAAGAUCGUUUGCUUCGGGAAAAAAUUGAUCACCGCAUUGUUGUAUGAUAAGCUAUAUUAUAUGUUAUGUAUUUAAUGUACAUGUAUGUAUAUACAUUUUAUUUUUCAGAAUUUAUAUGUUGUUCAAGACAAUUCAGUUGAUAAAAUGCUGUGCAAGGUAUUGGACUGUGAUACUAUAAGCCAAGUUAAAUCUAAAAUUUUGGAUGCUAUGUAUAAAAAUACAGCAUUUUCUUUGAGACCAUCUGUUUAUGACGUUGAUUUAGGUAAAAAUAUUAAAAAAUUGUAUAUGAUAAGUUGGUUGUAUUGAUUAUAAUAUUGUGUUAUUUAUGAAGAAUGGAGACAUGGACGAGGAGGACAUCUUACACUCCAAGAUUAUGAUGUUACCACAAAAAAUGUAUGUGGAUGGAAAAAAUUAAAUACACUUGCUCAUUAUGGUGUAAAAGAUACUGCUAUAGUUACCUUAAUUUCACGUCAACAUGACACAUACAACAAAACCUGUUUGCAAUCGUGCCAUAAUUGUAAUUAUUUCAAUUAGCCCAAUGAUAAUAAAUGUUUAAAAUAUUAUAAUGGUUAAACAAUUUGUUUAAUUUAGGUACCUAUUAUUCUGGUGCUAUUAUAUCUAAUAGUAAUGGAAGUAUAGAUCCAAGUUCAAGUUCAAAUAGUACUGUGUACCAUUUGAUUAGAUCUACUGAUACACAGCAACAGUACCAUACCAAUAAAAUGUCUGAGAGGAUACACAAAGCCAUUCCAGAAAUAUAUUUAACUAGAUUACUAUCAACAAAAGGUACAAUACAGAAAUUUGUGGACGAUUUUUUUUCCACAAUUUUAGCUGCUAAUGAAACUCUUCCAACUUCUGUAAAAUGGUUGUUUGAUUUAUUUGAUGAUGCUGCAAAAAAAUACAAUAUAAUUGACCCAGAAGUAGUACAUUCUUGGAAGUCUAAUAGGUAAAUUUAUACAUGUAUAACACAUACAUUAAUAUUCUUAUUAUUAUUGGUUUAUACAAUUAAAUUUCAAUGAAAUUAAUUAUUUCUAUUUGUAUUGUUCAAAAAAUUUGGUUAUUUAAGUUAAUUGUUUUGUAUUUUUAUAAAUUGAUCAAGUGUUUAAUUUUCAGCCUUCCAUUGAGGUUUUGGGUAAAUUUUAUCAAAAACCCAGAUUUCAUUUUUGAUAUUGAUAAAACUCCUACAGUUGACUCAUGUUUAUCAGUUAUUGCUCAAACAUUCAUGGAUUCUUGUUCAACUUCUGAUCAUCGUCUUGGUAAAGAUUCACCAUCUAAUAAACUUCUCUUUGCAAAAGACAUACCACAAUAUAGAGAAACAGUUUUAAGGUUAGGAUAGUUUUAAUUGUAUCUUUUUUUUUAUUUGAUAUUGCAUUUUUAAACUAUUAAAUUCAACAUAAUUAUGUUUAGAUUUUAUAGUAACAUUCAAAAACUACCUAAGAUCACUGAUCAAGAAUUAAGCACAUAUUUGCAACAGAUGUCUGUUUCUCACUUGGGGCAAUUUCAUAUAGUUUCUGCUUUAAAAGAACUAUACAUAUAUGCUUCUAAAUAUAAUGAUGCGGUAAGGAAAUAUAAAUUAAAUAUUUUAAUAAUUUAUUUAAUUUUUGAUAAAUAGGAUAGUAAAAAGGGGGUUUCAAUAAUUUUUUUCUUUUCUGUACUUUUCAAAAGUAAAUAUAAUAAUAAUAAUAUACUAAUUUUCGCUUAACUAUUGAAUUUCUUUGUAUGGGUUUUUUUUUUUUUUUUAUAAAUUAUAUUAUAUUAUAAAUGUUAAGCAACAUAUAUUAUCAUUUAAAGCAUUAUCUUAUUUUUCUCAAUUUUACAAGAAAGCAAAACAAUGCUAGAGGCAAUGCAACAUACCUCAUUUUCUUAAGAUACAUUAUAGUUUAGAUACAUAGUUGUUUAUAAUCUAGAUAGGUUGUAUCCUCUUAAAUGUAUAGAUUUGUGUUAUAGUUUACUCAAUUGUAAAGUUUUCUGUUGACUUCCUAAACACGAAUACACCAAACUGUGAAUUCUGAAAUUUUACAUUAAACUAUUUCCCUAACUAAAUUUGACUAAAAUUAACUUAAUAUAAGUACCAAUAUAAUAUAAUAUAUAUUUCAUUCUAAUAUAUUAAUUAAUUAAAAAAAAAAAAAAAAAUAAUAACUCUUGGUUUUAGAUUUUGAAUUCAUUAGAGUUGGAUCCCUGUUGUCAAAAAUUGAAUCUCAGUCAUAAGUUAAAUAAAGUUGCUGGAACUUUAGAAGGAGAAUCUGCCAUAUGCUGACAUUAGACUGAUAGCUACUCUAUCCUGUGAUAAAAUGUUUUAAUAUGUGUACAGAUUAUGUAGUAUAUAUAGUACAUAUAUAUAUGUAUAUAUGUAGCUUGGUGUAAAGGCUAAUAUAAAAAAAACGUAUAACAAUUAUGUUAGAUUUUUGGAAUUUUUGGAAAUAAAUAUAUUUUUUCAAAUCCAAUUUUCAAAUUAUUAUUAUUAUUUAUUUUGACAUUGGGUCUUCUGGCACCAAGCCACAUAUAUAUAUAUAUAUAUAUAUAUAUACAUAUAUAUAUAUAUUUUGACUAUUUUAAAAAUAAUAUAAAUAUUAUGUACAUAAUGUUUUAAUAUUACUUGCCAUUUUUGACAAACCUAAGUGUAAAAUUGACCAUUAAGAACUUAUAUGCCUUAAUAUUUGUUAGGUUGUUAAAUUAAUAAUGUAGUUAUAUUAUUGAGAUGAUCAAAAUAGUUUUAUUUCACUAUAACAUUAAAGUCAUUCAGUCUUCUUCUCUAUAUAAUUUUCAAAUUUUUUAAUUGGAAAUAUCUAGUUAUAUUUUAUAAUAAUGUUCUAUGUAUUGCGAAUUUGUGUACCAUAAAUUGAAUUAUUAUUAUUUUAUUUUUAUUUUAACUUCAUAUUUUUAAUUCUUAGCUUACAAUUAUAAAUUUGCAAUCAUUGAUUUUUUUCUCUAUGAUGAAAUAUUUUCAUUAGAACAUAGUGGAAAAACAAUUUUAUUUUGUUCAGUAUAAUACUUAUUUGUUACUUAUUCUAAUCCAUUGUUUAUUAUAUAGAUGCUAUAAUCCAAUAGUGAAUAAAUCAAAUAAUUUCCUUAUCAAAUCCCUUUGGAUAUUCAUAUUUGUUUCUUUAUAAAAUUAUCCAAUUUCUGUAAUAUACUUUACCAUAAUGGCUUGAUGACUUCAUUUUGAUUGUGAUUUUUUUAUUUUAUUAAUUUAUUUAAAAGAGGAAAAUUGUAAAUAAGAAUUUUUAAUUUAACUAAGACCUACAAAUUUGUAUACAUAAUGCUGUUAUAAUAAUAUGGCCAUUACAUUUUUAAUUGUUAUUCAUAAAUUAUAUGGUGAAAAAAUAAUUUUUGGUUUCUUACUUUUGUACUACUAAUAUAUAACAAUUUAAUAGUGUAAGUUAAAUUAAGUUUAAAGUGGUCAAAUAGAUUAUACAUGACAUAUUAUAAAAAAUAAUAAGUUUUUUCUGAUUCCGUCCCAAAUAAUAAUAUAUUAUUAAAACUAAUAAUUUUCGAACCAUGCAAAAUACAUCUGAGUAACAAUGUAAAUUCUAAAAUUGAAAAUAUAUCAUAAUGAAAAUUGGUUGUUUGUUAAUAGUAAAUACACAUUAUUCAAUUUAUUGUACUAUUUAUGAACAUGUGAUUUUUAAUAAUGUAAUUUAUGUGGUAAAUGUCUAUUUUAUUUUUACCAGUGUACUAGAAGAUUGUAUUUUAUAAGUUUAUUUUUGAUUAUUGUACCAGCUUGGGUCAAUUUUCAAAUGUACCUUGAUAAAUUACCAGUGGUUUUUUUUAUCUCUAAUCUUUCUUCAAUUGUUUUUUUACUUUGCAUCUAUAUACCUGUAUAAUAUUAACUUUAGACACUUACUUAAUCUAUCUACAGUCUGAUUAUUGUACACUCAAUACAAUUGUUUAUUUCUAUACAUUGAUGCAUAUUGUAACAGUCAAUAAUGUUUAAUGUGUACCAUAUUUUAACAGUGAUUAGAUUUAUAAUACACCUUUCAAUAAAUAUUAAUUUCAUAUACUAGCUUUUACUAUCAUAAUAGUAACAACUACUUUUUAUUAUUAUUAUUAUUAUUUUUUUUUUUUGUGGCACUUAUAAUAAAUUUCUUUCAACUGUAUUAAGACAACACUGUUAAAAUAUUGUUCACUAACUUGUCUUAGUUUUAUUAAAUUCUCUUAGAUCUCACUAACUUAACAGCUAUUCAAUUAUUCGUCUAUAAGGAAGGAAAAAUUGUAUUAUUGCAUUUAUCUGUUAUGAAUAAAAAUUUAGAAUUUUUAUGACCUUAAGUUUAUAAAAUCAAAAAAAAUCUAAAAGUAUAUAUAUACAUACAUAUUUAUGUAUAUAUAAAUAAAUUCUUUUUUCUUUAAUGUUAAGUGUAUAAAUGUUACUUUAAGAUUUAGUACAUGUUAAAAUGUAAUAUAUAUGUAUACAUACAUAUAUAAAUAUGAAUAUAAUAUACUAUUAUUACAAUGUGUUCAAAAUGUUUUUAGAAAAGUAUUGUACACAUAAAAAAA